AUGUCGCAGUCAAUAUCGGCAUCUUCGGGCUCGAGUUCGGCGGCGGUCAAGGCCAAGCCGAAACCGUAUCCGUUCUACCUGGGAGGAUGUGCGGCGUCGAUAGCAGCGCUGUUUACGCAUCCGCUGGAUUUGACCAAGACGCGGAUGCAGACCGCCUCUGCGCGGCAAGGCAUGUUGUCCCUGCUUCUAUCCACCUUCCGUCGAGAAGGAGUCCGGGGGCUGUACGUCGGACUCACCGCAUCGCUGUUGCGACAAAUGACGUACAGCGUCACCCGCUUUGGGGCGUACGACAAGCUCAAGGAGCUCACACUGCAGAACAACGGUGGUCGACCCUUGGGCAUGGUUCAAAUGGCGCUGUGUGCAUCGGCGGCUGGCGCAGCUGGUGGCUUGGCUGGCAAUCCGGCGGAUAUCCUGCUAGUUAGGAUGACUAGCGAUGUCAACAAGCCCAAAGAGCAGAGGUACAACUACCGCAACGCCAUUUCCGGUCUCGUUCGCAUGACCAAAGACGAAGGUAUCGCAUCGCUUUUCCGCGGCCUCGGGCCGAAUACCGUGCGUGCGGUACUGAUGAACGCCAGCCAACUUGCUACGUACGAUGUCUUCAAAAACGCCCUGCUGGGAACCGGAUACUUCAAUGAGGGUACAACACUGCACUUCUCGGCGAGCUUUAUGGCGGGCACGGUGGCAACGACGGUCUGCAGCCCAGCGGACGUGAUCAAGAGCCGCGUGAUGAAUGCCCGUGGCUCGGGCGACGGCAUCGUCAAGACCCUCCGAAAAGAUGUGGCCAAGGAGGGCGUGGGUUUCUUGUUCAGAGGUUGGACGCCGGCGUGGAUGAGGCUCAGUCCGAACACGAUCAUCGUCUUUGUGGUGCUGGAGAAGCUUCGGUUGCUGUAUAACAAUGUCGAGUCAAGGAUCGUACCUAAGGGCUUUCUUUCGGGUCCUGGCGGUCGCCCUAGCCAGCCCAAGCAAAACUUCCUGCUGAGCUUCAUCAACACGCAGAUCCUCGCACCUCAACACCGCGCCGGCAACAUCAGCAUCGCUUGGGGAGUCAGCGUCUUCGUUGCGGGCAUCGUGGCUGCUCGCAACUUUGGAGACCUCAUCACUCCCGUCUUCUAA